AUGCUAAGAGCGCUCAGAAAAUUUACUACACGUCGAUAUGGCAGACCUGAAUUUUCUUUAUCGAUAACAUGUCGAGGUGCAUCCAUUACGCAGGAGGAGCUUUUCGCUUACACUAAUGGCCAUUUUCUUGCCAACGAAGAAUACCAGCUAAACAGAAGAUACGUCCGAUUCAAUGUGGAUGAGCUUUGCAAUACUGCUGCAGCAGUCGGUGGAAAGCCUAGUCAGGUCGCAGCCAUUGAAAAAAUAGAAGGAGGUUUUGGCAAGGCUUUCUUGAUGAAAAAGGAGAAUGGAUCUGAAGUGAUAGCAAAAAUUCCAUGCCACAUUGCUGGCCCUCCCACCUUAACGACAGCUGGCGAAGUCGGCGCUCUCGAAUACCUCAGAAAACACACUAGCAUCCCUGUCCCUCAUGUUCUUGCAUGGUGUUCGAACAGCUCGAAUGCUGUUGGUGCAGAAUAUAUCAUCAUGGAGAAAGCCGCCGGCGUUCCACUGUUUCAAGUUUGGGGUAGUAUGGCCGAAUUUGAUCAGUUACAAUUAAUCAGAAACUUGACCCAGAUCGAGGCUCAAUUAUCAGCUAUUCAUUUCCCUGCUUAUGGAGGACUGUAUCUGCGAGCGGAUAUAGAACAACCAAACAAGCCCCUCGAUGGACUUGAUCCAUCUUUCUGUAUUGGACCUUCUUGUGAUCGGGGAUAUAAUCCGGAUCCAAGUCUGGACUUCGAUAAAGGACCUUGGUAUUCAAUUUCAACCCUUGGUGUUUCUAUUGCAAAGCGCGAAAUGCUACGAAUAUUAAAGAACGGCCCGCAGAACCAAACACACUUUUAUAAAGGAGAUGUCAAAGAACAAACUGAACUCUUACAAGAAACAGAGAGUGUAAUGGAACUUCUGGACUCGAACGAAUUAUUAAAAGGGGAAGCCUCCCAGCCUAUUAUAUGGCAUACUGACCUUCAUAUGGGAAACAUUUUCGUCGCCUCUGAUGAGUGUUCAAGAAUAGUAUCCCUUAUCGACCUCCAGUCGAUUUCUGUUCUCCCUGCAUUUCUCCAGGCCCAAUGGCCAGUCUUCCUCAGACCCCCACAGAACUACGAUUACGAGAGGGGGAUAUUUAAGGUGAAACUGCGCGAUGAUUUCGAUACCCUAGAUGAGGAUGGCAAGAUGCUUGCAAUGCGCGAAUGGUCCCAAGUAAAGUUGGCAAAGGCUUAUGAGAUCUCAACUCUGCUUGAGAAUAAACCGGCGCAUAGGGCCAUGAACGUACCCCGUGUCUUCCGGGAGUUAUUUCUUCGAUGCGGAGAAGUCUCCGAAAUUGGCGUUCUCCCGCUUCGUGCAUGCUUGAUAGAACUCUUUCAGAAUUGGUCGGACCUUGGGUUUUCUGUAGAAUGCCCUUUAUCCUUUACGCAGGAGCAGGUCGAUACGCACGAUCGCCAAUUCUCUGAGUAUCAAGGUUGGUAUAAGAUUCAGGCUCUUGCGCGAGAAUGCCUUGACACUGAUGCCGAAGGAUGGGUCGCACCGGGAUUGGAUGUGAAUGAAAAGAGGAUGCAGAAUGAAAAAUUGUUGAGUAUGUACAUUCAAACCGUUGCUGGGGAGAAAUCUUCAGAAGAGGCCAGAGCCAUAUGGCCUUUCCCGGUCAAGGCAGGAGUAUGA